CCUGUAAUUCUGUUGGGUGGGACAGGCGGAAGCAGCGUCCUGGCAAACGAUACAUUUUUAUUUUGCUGGGCUGAAAGAUUGACGUUUAUUUCUCAAAAUGCCGGCGUACCACUCUGGCUUAAUGGAUGGGGACAUCAAGAUGGUGGGGAACAUGGCAAUGUUGCCACUAAAAACCCAGUUCAAGGGCCCUGCAGCGAAAGAGACCAAAGAUUCAGACAUCAUUGAGGAGGCUAUCUACUAUUUCAAAGCCAAUGUCUUCUUUAAGAAUUAUGAAAUCAAGAACGAGGCAGACAGGACACUGAUCUACGUCACCCUGUACAUUUCUGAAUGCCUGAAGAAGCUACAGAAGUGCAGCUCCAGGGGCCAGGGAGAGAAGGAGAUGUACACUCUGGGCAUCACGAACUUCCCCAUCCCUGGAGAACCUGGCUUCCCUCUCAACGCUAUGUACGCAAAGCCCGGCAACAAGCAGGAAGAGGAGACCAUGAGGGCGUACCUGCAGCAGAUCCGCCAGGAGACGGGGCUGAGGCUGUGUGACCGUGUGUUUGACCCCCAGACAGACAAACCCAGCAAGUGGUGGAUGUGCUUUGUCAAGAAACAGUUCAUGAACAAAAGCCUUUCAGCUCCUGGACAGUAGACAACUCAGGACUGCUGGAGGUUAUUCUAAACUAGUGUGAGGCAGGUGGAUUUUUUUUGUUUGUAUUUUUCAUCUUUCAUUUUUGGGCCUCCACUUUCAUGUGGCUACGAUGAUUUUAUACUGAAUAAGAAGAGUACAUGGACGUGCUAUUGUUGUCGGGCAGUUUCAUUGAUCAUGUUAAGCUGGUGCUUAAUGCGUUAAACAAUUGUCAUUAUCCCUGUCAAUCUUUCUUACACAAUCAACAAGAAAAAUACAACGCUGUUCUUACAUUUUGUCAAUCAA